UAACGCAGUCCAAAGCCGGUCCGGCGGGCGGCGGUAGCGCCCCCUCUCCCUGUUUCCCUCCUCCUCUCCUCGGGGGUCACUCUGUCCCUCCCCCCUCCUCUCUCCUCUUCCUCCUCCUCCUGGGGAGUCAGGCACUGGCUGCGAUUGCUCCCUCUCUGCAGCUCGCGUCAGUUUCCCUCUCCCGAGGCUGGAGCAGCAGCAGUGGUAGCAGCAGCGACUCUAGCAGCAGCGGCCGCAGCAGCAGCACAGGAGGCAGAGGCGGCAGAAGCGGCGUCUACGGCAGCUGCAGCCCCAGCUCUCUGGGUUCCCCGUCUCGGGGCGCGCUGUCCUCCCGCCCCGGUCCCCUCCGCGUUCCCUGCGCUUGUCCUGGAGCGCCCGGGGCUGAGCGGCGCCACCGCGCGCCCCAACUCCCCCUGGCCACGGUCAGGGACGCCCUGCCCAAGCCGCUCCCCCCCGGGCAGAGGACCCUGGCUGCCCGGGGGCAUCCUCUGUCGGGGAAGCGGGGCGGGACCAUGAGGAGGCUGAACCGCCGCCUGACUCUCACUCUCUUAGGGGUGCUCUGGAUCGCAGCGCUGCUGCUCCUUUGGGGAGUCCAGAGGAAGUUGGAGGUGGCACCGAGACCCGAAGGGCAGACCCCCAAGGCCUUGGAUAGUGAUUGGGGUGACUUGUGGGACGAGUUUGAGGAGCGGCGGUACCUGAGUGCCAAGAAGUGGCAAGUCGGCCAGGAUCCCUAUAAGCUGUACUCCUUCAACCAGCGGGAGAGCGAUCGGAUCCCCAGUAACAGGGCUAUCUGGGACACUCGCCCUGACAGCGUGUCAAACCGAACUCCAGUGCAUCUGGUCCAUGAGAUCAUAUUAGUGGAUGACUUCAGUGAUGACCCUGACGAUUGCCAACUGCUGAGCAAGCUACCCAAGGUGAAAUGCUUGCGGAAUGAACAGCGGGAAGGGCUGAUCCGUUCUCGGAUCCGGGGAGCAGACCUAGCCCAGGCCAGCAUCCUGACUUUUCUGGACAGCCACUGUGAGGUAAACAAAGACUGGCUUCUGCCCCUCCUGCAUAGGAUCAAAGAGGAUCCUACACGGGUGGUGUGUCCAGUAAUUGACAUCAUUAACCGAGAUACUUUUGCUUAUGUGUCUUCUUCCCCGGACAUGCGAGGCGGAUUUGAUUGGACACUCCAUUUCAAGUGGGAAGAGCUUACCCUCAGGGAAAAGGCCCUACGUGUGGAUCCCAUUCAGCCCAUUGAGACUCCAAUCAUUUCUGGAGGUCUAUUUGUAAUGAACAAAUCCUGGUUUAAUCACCUGGGGAAGUAUGAUGCUGCGAUGGACAUCUGGGGUGGAGAAAACUUUGAAAUUUCUUUCCGGGUGUGGAUGUGUGGAGGCAGCCUGGAAAUCCUCCCUUGCAGUCGGGUGGGACAUGUGUUCCGGAAGAAGCAUCCCUAUACUUUUCCAGAAGGCAACCUCAACACCUAUAUAAAGAACACCAAGCGUACAGCAGAGGUGUGGAUGGAUGAAUUCAAGCAUUACUUUUAUGCUGCCAGGCCUGUAGCCCAGGGGCGACCAUUUGGAAACAUACAAAGCCGAGUGGAGCUGAGGAAACGCCUAAAGUGCCAUACCUUCAAGUGGUACUUGGAGAAUGUCUAUCCAGAACUCAGAAUUCCUGAGGAGUCCUUGUUCCAAAAGGGAAUCAUCCGGCAGAAACAGAAGUGCCUACAGUCCCGAAAGCAGGAAGGUCAAGAAUUCCCAUCCCUGAUCCUGAGUCCUUGUAUUGAUGGUGAUGGAGAAGCCUCAAGGCCCCAGGAAUGGGCUUAUACCUAUGCCCAGCAGAUCUGCCAGCAGCAACUGUGUUUGUCAGUGCACAUGCUUUUCCCUGGCUCUCAGGUGCAGCUCUUUCCUUGCAAGGAAGGAGAUGAUAAACAGAGAUGGACUAAGUCUGGCCCCCGCAUCAAGCACAUGGCUUCCCGCCUCUGCCUGGAUACAGAUAUAAUGGGAGAUGGCAAUGAAGACAGCAGGGAGAUGGUCAUCAACCCUUGUGAAACAUCAGUCAUGAGCCAGCGUUGGGACAUGGUGUUCUCCUGAGCAGACCGCUGUGGACAGACUCAACUCGAAAUCAACUCUGGGUGGGCAUGAAGCAGCUGCCCACAAAGGAAUAAUUCAAGAUAUGGAAAGCUAUGGGAGGCCUAGGAAGGCAUACUGGAGUGGAAAGCAGAGACAGAGCCACAUACAGAGAAUAGGCCCUCUCUGUGAGGAUAGAAAAACAGAUGACAUGCUGAGUAGUGCCUCAAAGAUCACAAGCUACAAGGGGAAAAAUCCUCUGUGUUCUCAACCAUUAUGGAAUUCAUUCCAGUCCAGGCUGCACCUUUUCCUGGUUCAGAGAGAGAGAGAGAGAGAGAGAGAGAGAGAGAGAGAGAGAGAGAGAGAACCAAUUGGAAAUUGCACAUUUGCUAUUUGUUUUUAUUUUUCUUUUCUUUGUAACAGAAACAGAGCCAAUGGGAAAACCUCUAGGUGUCUUCUGGCAAUCAUGACACCAAGGCUGAACCAGAGAUGAGGAGGAGUAGAUGUUUGCAGACCAAAUAAAGACUAUCAGAAGUCAAAA